GCAGUCUUCACAGGAACGUUUCACAGAAGUCAAAGAGUUAAAGCGAAUUCUAGAGAUAUGGACCAGGAAAUAAUGUGAAUUAUUUUCUGCUAAAUGAGCAGACCAGUGGACAAACUGUGCUUCUAGACUCCUUGCUUCAAAUUUCUCCAAAAGAAAAAAUGAGUAAGAGAGAGAGAAGUGUGUGUCAACAAACUUGGGCCUUAUUAUGCAAGAACUGUAUUUAAAAAUGGAGAAUGAAAAGGGACCCCCUACUGGAAUUGUUAAACUCAUUGUUCCUACUACUCUGUUUGUACCUGUACCCUAAUAAUCAUCAAGUUAAUGACUUUUCUUCACUGCCUACCAUGGACCUGGGACAGGUAGAUUCAUUUAGUGAACCUAAAUUUGCUAUUGCAUACACACCUGUCACCAAUACAACCCAACAGAUAAUGAAUAAAGUAGCUUCAGCCUCCUUCAUGAAAGACAGAGAAGUCUUGGGACUGUCUGAUGAAGAAACUAUUAAAGACUUAACAGCAGAUUAUCCUAAGGAGAUAGUAAGAGUCAUUUUUACUAACACAUUCUCAUAUCAUUUGAAAUUCUUGCUGGGACACAGAAUCCCAACAAGGAAGGAACACAGGGACCAUACAGCUCAUUGUUAUGAAAUGAAUGAAGACAUUGACUGUGGAAUCUCAGAAUUCUGGAAGAAAGGUUUUGUGGCUCUUCAAGCUGCCAUUAAUGCUGCUAUUAUAGAGUGAAUCACAACAAAUCACUCAGUGAUGGAGAAACUGAUGUCAGUUACUGGAAAAAAUAUGAAGAUAUAUCCCUUCAUUCGUCAAGGAGGAGUCAGGACUGAUUUCUUCAUUUUCUUCUGCAUUAUUUCCUUUUCCCCAUUCACUUACUAUGCAUCUGUUAACGUUACAAGAGAGAGAAAAAGGAUGAAGGGCAUGAUGACAAUGAUGGGUCUUCAAGAUUCAGCAUUCUGGCUUUUCUGGGGUUUGCUCUAUGCUGGUUUCAUCUUCUUUAUGGCCCUUUUCUUGGCACUUACUGUAAAAUAUGUCCAAUUUGUCAUCCUGACUGGCUUCACGGUGGUCUUCACCCUCUUUCUCCUUUAUGGAUUGUCUUUGAUGGCUUUGGCUUUUUUAAUGAACGUCUUGGUAAAGAAAUCUUUCCUCACUGGUCUGGUCGUGUUCCUUCUCACUGUCUUUUGGGGGAGUCUGGGAUUCACAGCAUUGUACAGGCAACUUCCCGCAUCCUUGGAGUGGAUUUUAAGUCUUCUUAGCCCCUUUGCCUUCACGCUUGGAAUGGCCCAGCUUUUACUCUUGGACUAUGAUUUGAAUUCUAAUGCAUUUCCUGAUCCAUCAGACUGCUCAAAUCUAAUAAUAGCAACAAAUUUCAUGCUGGCUUUUGAUAUUAUCCUGUAUCUGGCAUUGCCGAUCUAUUUUGACAAAAUUUUGCCAAUCUUCCUGGAUCUGGUAUUUGAUGUAUAUGAAGGCCAAAUCACUGCAAUACUUGGUCACAGUGGAGCUGGAAAAUCAACACUGUUAAACAUUCUCAGUGGGUUAUCUGUUCCCACCAAAAGUUCAGUCACCAUCUAUAAUAAUAAACUUUCAGAAACGGCUGACCUAGAAAAUAUCAGCAAGCUCACUGGAGUUUGUCCACAAUCCAAUGUGCAUUUUGACUUCCUCACCAUGAGAGGAAAUCUCAGGCUGUUUGCUAAAAUAAAAGGGAUUCAGCCACAUGAAAUGGAUAAAGAGAUCCAAAGAGUUUUUCUGGAAUUGGAAAUGCAAAAAAUUCAGGACAUCCUUGUUCAAAACUUAAGUGGUGGACAGAAAGGAAAACUAACCUUUGGAAUUGCCAUUUUAGGAGAUCCUCACAUUUUCCUAUUGGAUGAACCAACUGCUGGAUUGGAUCCCUUUUCAAGACACCAAGUUUGGAGCCUCCUGAAGGAGCAGAAAAUAGACUGUGUGAUCCUCUUCAGUAUCCAGUUCAUGGAUGAGGUUGACAUCUUGGCUGAUGGGAAAGUGUUUCUCUCCAAGGGGAAGCUGAAGUGUGCAGGCUCUUCUCUGUUUCUAAAGAAGAAAUGGGGGAUUGGUUUUAACAUCAGUUUGCAGUUGAAUGAAAUCUGUGUUCAGGAAAACAUAACAUCACUUGAUAAACAACACAUUGCUGAUGCCAAAUUAUCGGCAGAAAGUGAAGGAAAACUUGUCUAUACAUUGCCCCUAGAAAGAACAAAUAAGUUUCUAGAACUUUAUCAGGAUCUUGAUAGUUGCCCUGGCCUGGGAAUUGAGAGUUAUGGUGUUUCAAUUACAACAAUGAAUGAGGUGUUCCUGAAACUAGAAGGAAAAUCAGCUAUUGAUGAAUCAGAUAUUGCUAUUUUGGGAGAAGUACAAGUAAAAAGGGCUGGAGACACACACAGGCUUGUUGAGAUUGAACAAGUUCUCUCUUCACUUAAUGAGAUGAGAAAGACAAUAGGGGGCAUGGCUCUCUGGAGACAGCAAAUCUGCACAAUUGCAAGGGUUCACUUAUUAAAGUUAAAGCAUGAAAGAAAAGCUCUUUUAUCACUGCUAUUGAUUCUAGGAGUUGGAUUUUGCCCUCUUCUUUUGGAGUAUACCAUGGUGAAAAUAAAUCAAAACUGUUACAUGUGGGAACUUUCUCCUCAUUUAUACUUCCUUGCUCCUGGACAACAACGACGUGAUCCUCUCUCUCAAUUAUUAAUCAUCAAUAAAACAGGAGCAGGCAUUGAUAACUUUAUACAUCCUGUGGAGCAUCAGAACAUAGCUUUGGAAGUGGAUGCAUUUGGAACUAGAAAUGGCACUGAUGACCCAUCUUACAAUGGAGCUAUCACAGAGUCUGGUAAUGGAAAGAAUUACAGCUUUUCAUUAGCAUGCAAUACCAAAAGACUGAAUUCCUUCCCAGUUCUUAUGGAUAUUGUUAGUAAUGCGCUACUUGGAAUGGUUAAUGCAUCAGCACAUAUCCAAACUGACAGAAGUACAUUUUUGGAGGAGGACCAGGGCAACCCAUUUGAAUUCCUAUGACAUUCUAUGUUCCGGUUGGUUUUGUCAUCCUGUUGUGCUCCUUGUAUUGCCAUGAGCAGCAUUGACGAUUAUAAGAGCAAAGCUUGGUCCCAGCUACGGAUUUCGGGGCUCUUCUCUUCUGCUUACUGGUUUGGGCAGGCGCUGGUGGAUGUUCCAAUGUACUCCUUGAUCUUCCUUUUUAUGUAUCUAAUGGACUACGCUUUAAACCUCCAAGACACUGUAUUUAAAAUUGUAAAUCAGAUUAUACAAGUCCCAUGUGCUGUUGGUUAUGCCACAUCACUUGUCUUCUUGACAUACAUGAUUUCGUUCAUUUUCCGCAAGGGGAGAAAAAAUAGUGGCAUUUGGUCUUUUUGCUUCUGUAUUAUCACCAUCUUCUCUGUGGUUGGAUUUCUGUUGGAUAGCUAUGGACAGGCAUUGUAUGGCAUUACCUUUUUAAUAUCACAAGCCACAUUAAUUGGCUGUGUGUUCUUAUCUUUUCACUAUUUUAUGCUUUAUUUCUUUAAUGAAGAACCAAGAGGCGUAGAGCUCUUUCUGGUAUUCCUAAUUCCUUUCCUUCAUUUUAUCAUCUUUCUUUUUAUUCUUCGAGGCCUGGAAUGGAAGUUUGGAAAGAAAUCAAUGAGAAAGGAUCCCUUCUUUAGAAUUUCUCCAAGAAGUAGCGAUGUGUGUCAAAAUCCAGAAGAGCCAGACGGGGAGAAUGAAGAUGUUCAGAUGGAAAGAGUGAGAACAGCAAAUGCCUUGAAUUCCACAAACUUGGACCAGAAACCAGUCAUUAUUGCCAGCUGUCUACGUAAGGAGUACGCCCGGAAAAGGAAACGCUGCUUUUCCAAGAGGAAGAGGAAAAUAGCCACAAGAAAUGUCUCUUUCUGUGUUAGAAAAGGUGAGGUUUUAGGAUUAUUAGGACACAAUGGAGCUGGUAAAAGUACAUCCAUUAAAGUGAUAACUGGAGACACAAAACCAACUGCUGGACAGGUGCCACUCAAAGGGAGCAGCGGAGGGGACGCCCUGGGGUUCCUGGGGUACUGUCCUCAGGAGAACGCGCUGUGGCCCAACCUGACGGUGAAGGAGCACCUGGAGGUGUUCGCCGCCGUGAAAGGGCUGAGCAAGGGGGACGCCGCGGAUCACAGGUUGGUGGAUGCGCUCGCGCUGCAGGACCAGCUGACGCUCCGGGUGAAGGCCUCAUCAGAGGGAAUGAAGAGGAAGCUGUGCUUCGCGCUGAGCAUCCUGGGAAACCCGUCGGUGGUCCUUCUGGACGAGCCGUCCACGGGGAUGGCCCUUGAGGGGCAGAAGCAAGUGUGGCAGGCAAUCCUGGCCACCUUUAGAAACACGGAGAGGGGCGCCCUCCUGACCACUCAUUACAUGGCAGAGGCUGAGGCCGUGUGUGACCGGGUGGCCAUCACGGUGUCCAGAAGGCUGAGAUGUAUCGGUUCCAUCCAACAAUUGAAAAGCAAAUUUGGGAAGGAUUACCUGCUGGAGAUGAAGGUGAAGACCCUGGAACAAGGGGAGACCCUCCAUAGAGAAAUUCUACAGCUUUUCCCCCAGGCUGCUCAGCAGGAAGGGUACUCAUCUCUGAUGGUCUAUAAAUUGCCAGUGAAAGAUGUACGACCUUUGGCCCAAGCUUUCCUCAAAUUAGAGGGGGUUAAACAGAGCUUCGACCUGGAGGAGUACAGCCUCUCACAGUCCACCCUGGAGCAGGUUUUCCUGGAGCUCUCCAAGGAGCAGGAGCUGGAGCACUGUGACGAGGAACUUCCCCCCUCAGUGAAGCAGAAGCUCCUCCCGCAGGAAGAACCUUGAAGCCCCAGAUACCCUGUGUUUCCAAUCAAGCCUGUGGUUGUUUUUUAAGACAUUUAUUUUUAUAGCAUCACUGCCAUAUUUUUAGAAACUGUCAGUAAACACUGACAUGGUCCUUCGUGUGGUGGAGAGGAGGAGCUGGUCCUGGGCAAAUGCAGUGACAGCAUGUUCAGAGACACUCGACUGAGCCACCUCCCGGUCACAGCUUCCGUAUCUCUGCACGUCACCCUGAUUCCAUUUUUCCGUAAAAUGGGGAAUAGAUAAAUCUAUAAGAUUGUUUCAGUUUCUGAGUAUGAUAAACAAAUUUUGUUUAAUUUUUUUUAACAAAACCUUAAAACGGUUUUUCUAAGCCAGACCGAGAAGUCCAUAUAUUUACUCUUCUGCAAAUUUGAUCCUUUGCAAAGCUAGUAUUUUAGCAAGAAUUUAAGUGACCACGUCAAAAAAUAUCAUACUCUUUGAAAUAGUAUUUUCUUACGGCUAAAAACAUUAAAACAUCAUUGGCCAUGCUAUCUGAUAUCAAUGUACUUGAUAACAUAUCCACUGGUAACACUAUCAAUAAUAUAGACAUAGUCUGGAAAACUAAAAACUUGCUAUUAGAAAUUUAUUGUACUUUUUUAAUUUUUGUAAACCAACAGAGUCCCAUUUUCAUUGUAUUUUUAAAUUUAGGCUUUAGAGAUGCCUGUAUUGUAACUGAUCUUUUGUGGAUAUUUGGUUUCAGAAAGUUGAUAAAUGUGGUAAAAGGUCAAAUGGCCAAGUUGGUGAAACAUACAAAAUAAAGA